AUGGUUCAGUGUUACUGUUGUAAUAGGUUUGGCCACUUUGCUAAAGAUUGUUGGUCAAACAAAGAAGAAGCAAAAAUAGCCAGAGGAGAUUCUGAUGAUGAACCUGUGCUAUUAAUGGCUUAUGAAUCUGAUGAGGAACCUGUGAGUUUUUCGUUUUCUGAUUCUGAAGGGGAAGAAGAUAACUUUGAAUAUUCUGAAGGAGUAUUUUUAUAUGAUUCAGAAUCAGAAGAUGACUUUGAAGAUUUCGGAGAAGACAAGUCAGAAUCUGAAGAUUUUGAUGAUGAUCAAGAAUCUGGUGGUGGUCAUGCUUCUGGAAGGGAAAAAUCUGAAGACAUAGGUUCUGGAGGACAAGCUUCUAAAGAUGAUCAUGUUUCUGGUGUUAAUCAUGAUGUUGAAGGUGGAAAUUCUGAAGGCGGAGCUUCUGAAGGUAGUCCAACUUCUGACGGUGGUCUUGAUUCUGAAAGAAAAGAUUAUGAAGUUGAAACUUCAGAAGGCAGAGCUUCUGAAGGCGAUCCAACUUCUAAAGGUGGUUGUUUUGAACAAGACCCAGAAGUUAACAAAGGUGGAACUUCUAGUGCUAGUCAAACUUCUGAAGAAAAUCCAGAAGGAGAUAUAGUUCCAGAAUCAGAAGGAGGUUUUGAACUAUUGGCCUUGUAG